AUGGCGUCCACAAGCAGAGCUAUCAUAUGCAUCGGUGAGGGCGAAGCUGUCGUUAAGGAAGUGCCCACUCCCAGUGUCCGCGAGGGACAUGUUUUGAUCAAGGCUAAGGCGUUGGCACUGAAUCCUACGGACUGGAAAUCAAUCCACAGCGGUGAAGCUGCUGGCACGAAGAUUGGCUGCGAUUAUGCAGGAGUAAUUGAGGAGGUCGGUCCGGGUGUGACGAAGUCGUUGAAGAAGGGCGACCGGGUCUGUGGAUUCGCCUUUGGAGCGAACGAUGCUGAAAGCGGCGCUUUCGGGGACCAUGUCCUCACGCGACCUGAGAUACAGUUGAAGAUCCCUGACGGCGUCAGCUUUGAGGAGGCUGCUACGCUCGGGGUCGGCAUCACCACUGUUGGCCAAGGGCUGUACCAGUAUCUGAAGCUUCCCCUUCCAAAUAAUCCAUUGGCCACGCCCAAGCCUAUUUUGAUUUAUGGAGGAAGCACUGCGACCGGAAUCUUGGGCAUCCAGUUCGCCAAACUCUCGGGGCUCACGGUUCUCACCACUGCCUCGUCUCACAACUUCGAGUACUUGAAGUCCCUGGGUGCAGACGCUGUAUUUGACUAUCACACUCCAGUCGAAGAGCUCGCAAAGGAGAUCAAGGCCCACACCAACAACAACCUCACACUCUCGUGGGACUGCUCGCCGACCCCCGAAUCCGCCCGGCUAUCGGCCCUCGCCAUGAGCGACUCCCAGCCAGGCGUCUACGGCUCGCUCCUGCCCAUCAAGGAUGAGGUGCUGAAAUCAGCAAACCCAAACGUCUCUAGCGGAUUUACCAUGGGCUAUACAGCCUUUGGCGAGGCGUUUAAGCGCCACGGUCGGGAAUACCCUCAGAAGCCCGAGGAUGCCAAGUUUGGAAAGGCCUUUUGGGAACUGACUGAGGACUUGCUGUCGAAGGGCAAGUUCAAAGCCGCACGGAUGUCGGUUAACCGGGGAGGAGAGGGCCUGGAGGGCGUACUGAAGGGCUUGGACGAUCUCAAAGAGGGGAAGGUGAGUGGCACAAAGUUGGUCUAUACCCUCUAG